AUGGAGGACUUAUCAGGGCAUUAUGACUUCUACAUCGGGCUGGGCCUGGCCCUCGGCUCCAGCCUGUUCAUUGGAGGGAGUUUCAUCCUAAAGAAGAAGGGGCUUCUCAGGCUGAGUGGCAGGGGCUCUGUCCGAGCAGAACUUCUUUGUGCUUUCGGCUUCCCAAAGCAAGCCAGCUUCCGGCCUUCCUUAAACCACUGCAUAUUUCAUUACAGUGCAGUUUUAGCUGCCUACUUCCUGAAUGAGCGGCUAAACGUCCAUGGCAAGAUCGGCUGUAUUCUCAGUAUUUUGGGCUCUACCGUCAUGGUGAUCCAUGCCCCGCAGGAGGAAGAGGUCUCCAGUCUGGAGUCAAUGGCAGAGAAACUGAAAGAUCCAGGAUUCAUUGUGUUUGCCGUGUGCGUGCUGGUGAGCUCUGUUCUUCUCAUCUUCGUGGCCGGGCCUCGUUAUGGACAGAGCAACAUCUUAGUGUACGUUCUGGUCUGCUCCGCCAUCGGUUCGCUCUCAGUUUCAUCCGUCAAAGGCUUGGGCAUUGCCAUUAAAGAGCUCUUCGCUGGGAAGCCUGUUUGGAAAGAACCGUUGGGCUGGAUCCUCUUGGUGUGCCUCGUGAUCUGCAUCAGUAUCCAGAUCAACUACCUGAACAAGGCCUUGGACAUCUUCAACACCUCUGUGGUGACUCCCAUCUACUACGUUCUCUUCACCACCGCCGUUAUGACCUGUUCGGCCAUCCUCUUCAAGGAGUGGCAGCACAUGGUUCUGAUGAACAUCAUCGGCACCAUCAGCGGCUUCCUCACCAUCGUGUUUGGCAUCUUCCUUCUGCACGCUUUUAGAGACGUCCCCUUCACGGCAGACCUGCUGCCUCUGUUCCUGAGGCGCGACCGAACAGACGUGCAGGCAGCUUCUUGGAGAAAGGGGGACAAGAACUCGUCCUGCCUUCACCAGCCCCUUUUGGAAUCAGAGGACAGGCUCAGAGAGGGGGGAGAGAAAGCAGAGGUGGAGGGAGACCAGAGUUUCUGAAAACUCAUGGACUGUUGGCUCCGACAGCAAACCAGCCUUGGUGCUCUUCCAAAGAACUUGACUGCUGCUGCUGCUGCUUUUGAGCAGACCACUUGAAUCCGUCAUG